GUUAUUCUUCAUCUCUCGCACCAUUUCUUCCGCUCCAUUCGGUAUGGAUACGCUCAUCCGGUCUUCGUCCCUACGGAAACGACCCUGCUGUGGUGGAGAUCCUCUUCCGAUCGAGUUUUCGAGGGUUUCGACACCAGAACAGAUGGAUCAUCUAUUAGAAGCCUUUCUAGGGCUCUCGGAUUCCUCCUCCGUCUUUCUCGACCUCUCUCUCGAGCGGCUUCUUGAAUCUAGGGCGUCUGAUUCUGAACAAAACCUUAUGAUCGAUAAGGUUCUUAAGUUAGGUUCUGUUCUCGUUGAGGCCGGUAACCGAUCAGCUAGAAAGCGUGCUUCCAAGCAUAAUUCGAUAGUUUGGGCCCUUCCACCUGAUCUCACCCUCAAAGUAUUUUCCAUACUUGAUACAAGAAGCCUAUGUUAUGCUGCAGCUACUUGUUCAAUGUUCAACAAGUGUGCCAUGGAGCCAUUGUGCUAUUCAAAUAUUGACUUAACGUCAAUAAUCCCAAAGGUCAAUAAUGCAGUUGUUUCUGCAAUGAUUCAGAGAGCAGGAAAAGGCCUCCAGUCUCUCAAGCUUGGUAUAUUGUCAAGCCCAACUGCAUCUCCAGGAUCUUCUCAACCUAUGGUUUUUAGCACCAAGAAUUCUGUAAAUGCAUCAGGUUAUUCUUGGAACAAUAAGAAGUCGAGGCAAUGUAAAGAGUCAUGUUUUCUUACAAGAUCCUGUCUGACACCUUUAGGUUCAGAUGGUGGUGCUGCUGGGGCUUUGUUGAGGAGAUUGCACCUCUACAAUAUUGACAGAAUGGACAAUGCAGCACUUUGCACAGCCUUAUCAACAUGUCCAUCACUCCUGGAUCUAGAAAUUGUCGGACUUCACGUUGAGCUGAGGCAAACAUUGGAGUCUGUGAGCAAAAACUGUCACUUCAUUGAGCGGUUAUUCUUCGAGUCUUCGAAAACAGGUAGAGAUGACAGUUUGAAGUCGCCAACUUGUAUUGAUCUUGUAAAUGGUUGUCCCCAUCUAACUUCAUUGGCUCUUAGAGGAUUCAAGCUGCAUGAUUAUAAAGUUCGUAUACUUGUUAAGGGAUUUCGCAAGCUGAAAUCAGUUGAUUUUUCAACGUCGUAUUCAAUCACAGGCACCUUUUUAAGGAAUCUUGGUAGUGGAUCAAAUGGAAGUUCACUGGAGGUUAUAAUCUUACGUGACUGCAUGCAUCUCAAAGAAACGGAAGUUGCUCGGUUUCUUGCAGCAGUUCUUGCAGGAGAAUUCAAAUUUCUUAGACACCUUGACAUAUCCAACAGGGAAGGUCUAGCUGGAGAGGCAGAUUGGUAUCUGAGAAGAUAUAGCCCAAGUAUUAUUCCUAUAACACGUGUCUUGGAAGAAAGGCCUGAGAUCUGCUUUCUAGCUGAAUUUCCUGAUGAGACGAGCUUUAUUGAAGGCGAUAUGGACAGCGACUAUAGUUUGUCAUUACAAUUAAGUUUACCAUUUACAAGCUCAUCAGAAAGUAGCUAUAGCAGUGAUCAUGGCAGUGGCAAUGAGGAUGGUCGAGAUGUGGGUUAUGUAGUGUAUGAGGAAAGUUCAGAUGAGGUGGACAUUUUGAAUACCUAGGAAAGUUGUCAAGGAUGCUUUGGAGGUUGACUUUGAGUCUUCUAAGAUAUUCUGGGUUGGAGAUGGCUUUUUGUAGAAUCAUGGUAUUUCCUUUUGGAUACAGAAGAGGGAGUGUGUCUGUACUACUCUGCAAGUUCGUGGGUUCUUAUAUACAAUGCUUGG